AUGGCUGCCGCUGCGAUUGACACACCGAACAUGGACCAGCAGGUCGACCUUUCCACCAUCCCCAUCUCCCCCAGCGACGGCGAGCACGGGAGCACCGAGGCCAAGGAUGACGGAAAGCCUGUGACUGUGUUCCACGACAAGGACAACUUCACCGUCAAGCACCCUCUCCAGAGCAAGUGGACUCUGUGGUUCACCAAGCCACCCAGCGGAAAGGGCGACAACUGGAAUGACCUGCUGAAGGAGGUCAUCACCUUUGACUCGGUUGAGGAGUUCUGGGGCGUAUACAACAACGUUGCUCCUGUUUCAGAACUUGCUCUCAAGUCCGACUAUCACCUGUUCAAGGCUGGCGUUCGCCCUGAGUGGGAAGACCCCCAGAACAAGCACGGUGGCAAGUGGUCCUACCAGUACAAGGACAAGCGCAAUGUCGACGUCGAUCGCCUCUGGCUCCAGGUCAUGAUGGGCGCCAUCGGUGAGACCCUCGAAGAGGAGGAGGAUGGUGAGGUCAUGGGCGUUGUUGUGAACGUCCGCAAGGGCUUCUACCGUAUCGGUGUCUGGACUCGCACCAUCGGAAAGAGCAUUCCCGGACGAGGCGACGGAGACGUUGCUGGCGGAAAGGGCCGAAGCGGAGAGAAGGGUAAGGACAUUCUCCUGUCUAUUGGUCGGAGAUUCAAGGAUACCCUCGAACUCCCCGCCAACGAGCAGGUCGAGUUCUCUGGCCACACCGACAGCGCCCACGCCGGUAGCACCAGAGCCAAGGCCAAGUACGUCGUGUAA